CUCUUAGGGCGACUAAGGACUAUGUGUACAACGUACGGGUAGUCAGAGAGCGGGUAAACCAAGCAGAUUUCCAUGUAAGGGGCGGAUCGUUAUUUUUGGCUCAGACCAAUAUGGAUAAAGGGACCCCACAUCAGCUUCAGUACGCCACUCGCUGCUUGGUCCCUUGCAAGACGAACGCCUUCAGCGCGUCAAUUUUACAUUUUACUCACGAACGUUAUACUAAAAAAAAUCAAUCAAGAUGUGUGAUGAUGAUGUAGCGGCACUUGUCGUAGACAAUGGAUCUGGUAUGUGCAAAGCAGGAUUUGCUGGAGAUGAUGCACCCCGUGCUGUCUUCCCAAGCAUUGUUGGACGUCCCCGUCAUCAGGGUGUGAUGGUGGGUAUGGGACAAAAAGACUCAUACGUCGGUGACGAAGCCCAAAGCAAAAGAGGUAUCCUCACAUUGAAAUACCCAAUUGAACAUGGUAUCAUCACCAACUGGGAUGAUAUGGAAAAAAUCUGGCAUCACACUUUCUACAAUGAACUCAGAGUUGCACCAGAAGAGCACCCAGUACUUCUUACUGAAGCACCACUCAAUCCAAAAGCCAACAGAGAAAAGAUGACCCAAAUUAUGUUUGAAACAUUCAACAGCCCAGCCAUGUAUGUUGCCAUCCAAGCUGUUCUCUCAUUGUACGCUUCAGGUCGUACCACUGGUAUUGUUUUGGACUCUGGUGAUGGUGUCUCACACACUGUACCAAUCUACGAAGGUUAUGCUCUUCCCCAUGCCAUCCUCCGUUUGGAUUUGGCUGGUCGUGAUUUGACCGAUUACCUCAUGAAAAUUCUCACCGAAAGAGGUUACUCAUUCACCACAACAGCUGAAAGAGAAAUUGUCCGUGAUAUCAAAGAGAAACUUUGCUAUGUUGCCCUGGACUUUGAACAAGAAAUGGCCACAGCUGCAGCAAGUACCUCACUCGAAAAGAGCUACGAGCUUCCCGACGGUCAAGUAAUCACCAUUGGUAACGAAAGAUUCCGUUGUCCAGAAGCCCUCUUCCAACCAUCAUUCUUGGGUAUGGAAUCAUGUGGAAUCCACGAGACCGUCUACAAUUCAAUCAUGAAAUGUGACGUUGAUAUCCGUAAGGACUUGUAUGCCAACACUGUCUUGUCCGGUGGUACCACAAUGUACCCAGGUAUUGCUGAUCGUAUGCAGAAAGAAAUCACUGCCCUUGCUCCAUCAACAAUUAAAAUUAAGAUCAUCGCACCACCUGAAAGAAAAUACUCCGUCUGGAUCGGUGGUUCCAUCCUUGCUUCAUUAUCCACCUUCCAACAAAUGUGGAUCUCCAAGCAAGAAUAUGACGAAUCCGGCCCAGGAAUCGUUCACCGCAAGUGCUUCUAAGUUAUUUUUGAACACUUAAAAUUCAUCGAACAUCACACCUCGCCCACCUUUCACCAAUUUAAAAAUAAAAAAACAUUGUCAGCUGUGUGCCAUCAAUCAGACAUACUAUUUGAUUAUACCACGCACACAUCACAAGUUCGCUGUAUCAGCUAGACGAAAACAAUUGCGGAUAAUAACCAGCCGAGAGAUAGAAAAAGACAACAACAACAACAACAACAACAUCAACAUCAACAAACUAUCCAAGAUGAAAAGAAGAAAAAAAAAAACCGCUAACCAAUCAUAAUAUGAGGAAAUAAAUUUACUCAAAUGCCUUUAUUUUACGCACAUUUAUCAUACUGUAUUGUACUUUGUAGCUUAUACAACAUGAAUAUUUGUUAUUAUCAUAAAUUAUUUAUUAUUUAGUCCUCAUUGACAUUGUCACGCGUUUUUCGUUAUCCUUUAACAUUUGUGUUGUGCCUCUUAACUCACUAUUUUAUCCGUAUAUAAUUUAUCAAUUGGCUAUGAUCCAGACGAACAAAAAAAAAUAAAAUAAAAUAAUAUAAAUCAACAUGCAAUUACGAACAUGCAAGUACCAGAAGAUCAGACGACAAAAAAAAAUCAGAGACAAGAACAGACCCAAGUAAAUUGCAACUGAUCGUUUCUAUCUAGCAUAUAUCGUUCUUCUUCUCAUCAUAUUCUUAUAAAUGUAAUUAUAAUAAAUCUUAUUAUAUACUAA